CCUCCUAGGCUGGCACUCUAGGGCGUCCCCUGUGUCCCCAGUUGGGAUGGGGACGAUGAGGCCCAUUGGAGCCCCACAGGCCCAUGGCCAUCCUGUCCCAUGUUCCAGCUCGCUGUGAUGGAGGCCGGAGCCCAGUUUGUGGUUGAGAGCCCCAACGUGGUCUAUGGCCCCGAGGCGAUCGAGGCGCAGUACGAGUACCGGACAACUAGCGUCAGGCGCGAGGGUGGCACCCUCAAGGUGCACCCAUCCUCCACGCACUUCACCUUCCGGACUGCCAGGCAAGUGCCCCGGCUUGGAGUCAUGCUCGUCGGCUGGGGCGGCAACAAUGGCUCCACGCUCACCGCUGCCGUGCUGGCCAACCGACUGCGCCUAUCCUGGCCUACCCGCAUGGGUCGCAAGGAGGCCAACUAUUAUGGCUCGCUGACGCAGGCUGGCACCGUUAGCCUGGGCCUGGAUGCUGAGGGCCAGGAGGUGUUCGUACCCUUCCACGCACUGCUGCCCAUGGUGUCGCCAGAUGACCUCGUGUUUGAUGGCUGGGACAUAUCAUCACUAAACCUGGCCGAAGCGAUGCGCCGUGCGCAGGUGCUGGAUUGGGGGCUGCAGGAGCAGCUGUGGCCACACAUGGAGGCCCUGCGCCCAAGGCCCUCGGUCUACAUCCCCGAGUUCAUCGCAGCUAACCAGAGCGCGCGUGCUGACAACCUCAUCCCUGGCACGCGGGCGCAGCAGCUGGAGCAGAUCCGCAGAGAUAUCCGUGAUUUCCGGUCUCGCGCGGGGCUGGACAAAGUCAUUGUACUGUGGACAGCAAACACGGAGCGCUUCAGCGAAUUGGUCCCUGGCCUCAAUGACACUGCUGAAAACCUGCUGCGUACCAUCCAGCUAGGUCUGGAGGUGUCACCCUCCACACUCUUUGCUGUGGCCAGUAUCUUGGAGGGCUGUGCCUUCCUCAAUGGGUCACCACAGAACACUCUAGUGCCCGGCGCACUUGAGCUUGCUUGGCAGCGCCGUGUCUUUGUGGGAGGAGAUGACUUCAAGUCAGGCCAGACCAAGGUCAAGUCCGUGCUAGUUGACUUCCUUAUCAGCUCCGGCCUCAAGACCAUGUCCAUCGUGAGCUACAACCACCUGGGCAACAACGAUGGGCAGAACCUGUCAGCGCCGCCACAGUUCCGCUCCAAGGAGGUGUCAAAGAGCAGCGUGGUGGAUGACAUGGUUCAGAGCAACCCUGUGCUCUAUGCACCUGGCGAGGAGCCGGACCACUGCGUGGUUAUCAAGUACGUGCCGUACGUGGGUGACAGCAAGCGCGCAAUGGAUGAAUACAUAUCAGAGCUGAUGCUGGGUGGCACAAACACACUGGUGCUACACAACACCUGCGAGGACUCACUCCUGGCCGCACCUAUCAUGCUGGACCUGGUGCUGCUGACUGAACUAUGCCAGCGUGUGAGCUUCUGCACGGACUCGGACCCAGAGCCACAGGGCUUCCACCCAGUCCUGUCGCUGCUGGGCUUCCUCUUUAAGGCGCCGCUGGCUCCACCAGGCAGCCCUGUGGUUAACUCACUCUUCCGACAGCGCAGCUGCAUUGAGAACAUCCUCAGGGCCUGCGUGGGGCUUCCACCGCAGAACCACAUGCUUCUGGAGCACAAGAUGGAGCGCUCCAGCCUCAAGCAAGCUGGUCAUGUGGCUGCCUGCCAUGUAUCUUACAAGAAAGAAUCGGCACCAGCGGCCCCCAAUGGCUGUACUGGUGAUGCCAAUGGGCACUCACAGACUGAGGCACCCCUGAUGCCCACCACCUGAGGUGGUAGCCAUACAGCUCCCACGACUCCUACCCCUAUUUCCCCUCUGGACCCGCCCUCCCAGACUCCUAUACAAUAAAAGCACUGUUACGUAUCAGCAACA